UGAUUCGCCCUGAGAGAGGCGGGGCUCCUCGUCUGGCCCCGCUCUCGCGAGCGCUCGGACCUCUCGCGAGACCCGGCGCCCGACUUGUGCGCCCGGGAAACCCCGUUGCUCCCUUUCCCCUGGCUGGCAGCGCGGAGGCCGCACGAUGCCUGGAGUUACUGUAAAAGACGUGAACCAGCAGGAGUUCGUCAGAGCUCUGGCAGCUUUCCUCAAAAAGUCUGGAAAGCUGAAAGUCCCUGAAUGGGUGGACACUGUCAAGCUGGCCAAGCAUAAAGAGCUUGCUCCCUACGAUGAGAACUGGUUCUACACACGAGCUGCUUCCACAGCACGGCACCUGUACCUCCGGGGCGGCGCUGGGGUCGGCUCCAUGACCAAGAUCUACGGGGGACGCCAGAGAAACGGGGUCAUGCCUAGCCACUUCAGUAGAGGCUCCAAGAGCGUGGCCCGCAGGGUCCUGCAAGCCCUAGAGGGGCUGAAAAUGGUGGAAAAGGACCAAGAUGGGGGCCGCAAACUGACACCUCAGGGACAGAGAGAUCUGGACAGAAUCGCCGGACAGGUGGCAGCUGCCAACAAGAAGCAUUAGAACAAAUGCUGGGUUAAUAAAUUGCCUCAUUCAUAA